UCGAAUAACCAGCUCUGAGAGAGAACUCCUCCAAGAAGAAGAAAAAGAAGAGAGAGAGAUGAAGAGCGGCGAUAUCGUUUGGGCGAAGAUACGAGAGGAACCUUCUGGAACAUGUUAUUGGCCUGGCUUGUUACAGACAAGAGAUACCCUUGGCGUCUUGGUCUCCUUCUUCAACCUCCAAAACCCUCGCCAUUUCCACGACUCCGAAAUCCAUCCAUUCUCCGGAAACUUCCUCCAAUCGGCCCCGACCAACCUCGACGGCGCGGGCAACGCGCUCCUGGAUCGCGCGUUGCGAUGGCUCUGCCGGAGGACGGCUCUAAGCCUCCGAUGUCGCUGUCUGUCCGAAACGGCGGUGGCGAAGAUGAGCGGAGGCCUGGAAAUGGCGGUUGGUGACGGCGAGGCGUUUCGGGCGAAGAACUCGUUCAGGCCGGAGGCGGUGCUGGGGUUUGUGUUGAGCAAGGCUGUUUUGCCUUGGGUUGAGGUUGAGGGUUUCGUCGGCGCCGUCAGGUCGGUCGCUGAGAUUCAGGUUUUUCGAGAUUAUAAUGCGAUCGGACAGAAAUCGGUUUACCAGAAAUCGAGGCGGGCGUGGCGGCGAUGCGAGAGAGGUACGCACUUAGAGCUGCAGUCUCAUCCAUCUUCUGGUAGCAUGGCCGAAGAAUCAUGUAAUUUGGAGCGGAAUUUUGAUAGUCAGGCAUCCCCAAAGCCAAAGGAAGCGAACAUGGAAGCUGGUGCGGCGAGCAGAAUGAACUCAACUGUUGUUUUUUCGAAGGAAUCCUUUCAACCCUUGCAUGAAGAUCAGCUUGAGAAACACUUGAUUCAGGUUCAGAAAGAAGAGAGACAAUCAUCUUCUGAGAUACUGGUAAACUUGCGAUGCCUUGCAUUAGAUUCAUUUUGUUUGGGAGUAAGCUGUUUGAAUAACACACAACAACAUCUUUUGGGGUUCAGAAGUAUUCUAUUUGAGAACGUUUCUGUUAGGCAUAUUAAAAAGUGUUCUCCUUCAAAAAGCAGAGAAGCUUACUUGUCCAGCCCUGGUUAUUUGAAGACUCAGCCAAGUGUCGAGGCUUCUGAGAUACUGGUAAACUUGCGAUGCCUUGCAUUAGAUUCAUUUUUUUUGGGAGUAAGCUGUUUGGAUAACACACAACAACAUCUUUUGGGGUUCAGAAGUAUUCUAUUUGAGAAAGUUUCUGAUAGGCAUAUCAAAAAGUGUUGUCCUUCAAAAAGCAGAGAAGCUUACUUGUCCAGCCCUGGUUAUUUGAAGACUCAGCUAAGUGUCGAGGCUGAUGAAAAGAAAUGUGACGAUGGAGUUUGUGGCUCCAUUAUACCAUACAUAGAAAGGCCUGUGAGCAGAUUAGGGCUUAAGAGACGGCUUGACCUCCCUGCUUUUUGUGAAUCUCCUUACAAGUUAAACAAAAGAACGCCUUUCUUAUUGAUUAAUGGAGCUGGAUAUUGUCUGCAGAUGAAUAGGCCGCCUGAGGCAGAAGUAGAAAGAAGUGGCACGGGUUCAGAGGAAACUUCAAUUCAUAAUUUUUCUUUAGGUUCUUCUAAAAUGUUAGAAAUUCAAAACUCUAGGGCCCUGAUCUUGAAUCAUGCAAGCAAUACUGGCUUGUUGGAGUUUUCCCCUAACACAUCUGACUUUUCUCUCCUUAAACAUUCGGCUCGUCUCAGUAACAUUAUUGAUAUCAGUAAGGAUGAGGAACAUAAAGUGAAGGAUGCAUGCGGGUCUUAUGUCGAGUUACAAGAGCUUGAUAGGAGUAUUAGCAUUGUGAAAAACGACAGGUCUUGCAUGUAUAAUAUUUGCAAUACAUCUGAGAAGACUAUAAAUGGAUUUGCGAAUGAAGACAUGAAAGUUGAUAACAGUUUUGGUUUGCUGCAACCUUCUGCAACUCAACUAUCUAUCAGUGAAAUGCCUGGAACUAAUGCCAGUGAUGUUGAGAAAGCCAAUCACGAUGCAGCUACUGAGGUAAGUCGAUCAGAGUUCCGUCCAAUUCUCGAUAGCACCCAAAUGCAAACUAGUGGUGAUAAGGAUGCCAUAUCUGUUGGGCCUAACAAAAGAGCAGUGAGCUUGAAUGUAGCUUCGAAGAAAAAAUUGAGAAGACCAAGAAGUUCCAUAGUUCUUGUCCUUCUGGUUUGUUAUUUAAUUCACACGAAGCAGAACAAUCAAAAGCACUUCCCAGGUUUGAUGGUUCGAAAUCUUUGCAUAUGAAGUUCCCCAGGGACUAUAAUCUGCCAUCAAAGGAGAAACUCAUAAGGAAAUUUCGACGAUUUGGCCCAAUUGAUUCUUUGAAGACCAAAAUCUUCGAUUAUACAGGAUUUGCCCAAGUGGUUUUCCUUAACGAAUCUGAUGCCAUGGCUGCUUACCAGUAUGCUAAGGAUGCCAUAUCUGUUGGGCCUAACAAAAGAGCAGUGAGCUUGAAUGUAGCUUCUGAAGAAAAAAUUGAGAAGACCAAGAAGUUCCAUAGUUCUUGUCCUUCUGGUUUGUUAUUUAAUUCACACGAAGCAGAACAAUCAAAAGCACUUCCCAGGUUUGAUGGUUCGAAAUCUUUGCAUAUGAAGUUCCCCAGGGACUAUAAUCUGCCAUCAAAGGAGAAACUCAUAAGGAAAUUUCGACGAUUUGGCCCAAUUGAUUCUUUGAAGACCAAAAUCUUCGAUUAUACAGGAUUUGCCCAAGUGGUUUUCCUUAACGAAUCUGAUGCCAUGGCUGCUUACCAGUAUGCUAAGGAUGCCAUAUCUGUUGGGCCUAACAAAAGAGCAGUGAGCUUGAAUGUAGCUUCUGAAGAAAAAAUUGAGAAGACCAAGAAGUUCCAUAGUUCUUGUCCUUCUGGUUUGUUAUUUAAUUCACACGAAGCAGAACAAUCAAAAGCACUUCCCAGGUUUGAUGGUUCGAAAUCUUUGCAUAUGAAGUUCCCCAGGGACUAUAAUCUGCCAUCAAAGGAGAAACUCAUAAGGAAAUUUCGACGAUUUGGCCCAAUUGAUUCUUUGAAGACCAAAAUCUUCCAUUAUACAUGAUCUGCCCAAGUGGUUUUCCGUAACCAAUCUGAUGCCAUGGUUGCUUACCAGUAUGCUAAGGGGAAGAAGCUUUUACCUGGUCAACCAAAUGUUCGUUACUGGCUCGAUCCAUUUGAAAGCAAAAGAGGAGCAGCCAAGUAUAUGACCGGGAAACCAUUAGGACCUGAGCUAAAAUCAUGUCUUCGAAACUCCGACGCUCCUGGGGCUGAAGACAAAAGGAAACAUAAGAAGGUCAGGUUUCUAAUGACCGGGAAACCAUUAGGACCUGAGCUAAAAUCAUGUCUUCGAAACUCCGAAGCUCCUGGGGCUGAAGAUAAAAGGAGACAAAAGGAAACAUAAGAAGGUCAGGUUUCUAAUGACCGGGAAACCAUUAGGACCCGAGUUGAAAUGAUGUCUUCGAAACUCCGACGCUCCUGGGGCUGAAGACAAAAGGAAACAUAAGGUCAGGUUUCUAAUGGAAACAGGGAGCUGAGACUUGAAAUCUCCUGAUCUUAAUCUACAUCAGUAGAAUUUGUAUUUUUGCUGAUUGUAAAUAUUCAAAAUCCGAAUCUAUAACAAGCUCACACAGGCGAGGUCUAGAUGUCUUUUCACUAUGUUUUUGAUGAAAUAUCUCGUGCUAGUAAAUCAACUGCAAGUGGGGGAAUAAUUUGCUGCUUUGAUGUAUGAUUAUGAACCGUUAUACGGUCCAUGUAAAUGUAGGUCAUUUUGUGUUACCCUAUGUUCGAGUAAGUCUGUUACUGGUCUGAAAUGGCAAUCUGUUCUUUAAAUGGAAGUUCCUGUUGCAAAAAGCAAUUUUCUUCCAAGCAAUAUUAUGCUCAUUGCUUAUGGCUAAUUACUCAUAACCACCUUUGCAGUGCUAAAUGUCCGUAUUGAUAUCGGCAUAAGGUGAUGGUUAUUUGAUGCUGGAUAUCUCAUCCUUUAUUGUCAAUGUGUUACCAAAACAAUAUUUCAGAGAAUGUAAG